CGUCACCACGGCUCCCAUGGCGGCAGGGGAGGCGGAGCUGCAGUGGUCUCUGCGGGAGGCGGCGCUCGGAUUCCUGGACCGCGGCGGCGGCCUCGCGUCCCUCAUCGCCGCUUCCCGCCGCGCUCGCCGCGAGACGGUGCAGUCUGCUGCAGUCUUUCGCUUCGUCUUGAAGAUUAACCCGUGCCACCUGACAGAGUUUGAUGCAAGGCUUGGGAAUAUGGUGUUGAAUCGGCCAAUACAAGCAAUGUACCUUUUUCGGAAGGUCGUCUUUUUAGCCAUAAAAGCCCUCUCUUUGAUGGAAUCCAUAGAAUGUGAAAGCCAGAUCCUGAUUGUGCAGAGGCUCAGCCACGUGCCCCAGCUGCCGGCAUACACUCUCAGCGCCGCCACUUUCCCCCGCGGUCUCCUGCCUCCGCGCUUCUUCUCCGUGGAGGGAGUGGUGGUCUCCGUCACGACCGUCACGCAGUACACUCAGAGUGCACGCUUCCUGUGCUCCGAGAGGAUGUGCCCAGCAGCCUCAGGCUAUCGUCACAUCCGCAUCCACUCCCAUGGCGCCAACGAAGCCUCAACCAUGCGAAGCAACUUCACGUGCUCCCUGUGUGGUGCCAGCAUGGACGAAGAUGUCAAGUGCAGGACCAUAGGAGACAAACAGCUCGUAGAGGUGGUAGAUCCCGCAGCCCUGGCGACGCUGCGCGGGGCUCCCCGAGGCGCCCGUGCUGUCCGACACCAAGCGUUCACCGUCUUCCUGCGCGAUGAACUGACCAACAAGGCAGAAAUGGGUGGCAGGUACAUCAUAUGCGGGAUUCCAGCGAAUGUCGGCACGGGAACAGAUACGAUGUUCUGCAUGGAAGCGAGUAAUGUGGAAAUGCACGUCACGGCAGGACCACGCGACUUGCCAGCAGAGAUGAAGAACCUGCAUGCCAGGAUGUGCGUAUCCCCCUGGGCGUUUGCCGCGUGCCUCGCUCACGCUUUCGCCGCCGAAGCGACGCCACCCGGCACCUACAGUGCCCUGAAGCUGGUGCUACUGCUCAGCCUCCUGCACACAAGCGCGGACGGAAGCACCAGCAAGGACUUCCUGGACCUGCUGGUUAUUGGCAGAGAAACCCUGGUGAUCGGCAGGCUCCUGAGCUACGCAGCUGGGCUGGUGGAGAGAGGUGUCCAAUGCCCGCCCAGCGGGGAGCUCCUGGCCUCUGUGUCGAGGGAUGAGCAUGGCACGGCCACGGCAAGCAUCCAUGCCGGACAUGUUCUCCUGGCCAAGGGCGGCAUCUGCUGCAUCGGCGAGACAUCCUCUUACAAGAAGGAGAAGCUGCAGGCGCUUCAGAAUGCGCUGGAGAGCCGCCUGGUGUCCGUUCCCAUUCCCAAGAAGAAGUUUGGUGAAGAAGUGGCCCAGGAGGUUCAACUGCCCAUGAGCUGCAGCGUGUGGGCCCUGGGGGGAGAUUCUGCAGCGCUGCUGAAGAAGACGGUGGGGGGUCUGUGGGAAGAUGCCCCCCUGGGCACCAGGGAGCUGGGUCUCAUCCCACUGCCGCUUGCUGACUCCUUUGGCCUCAUCGUCUUCUGCGAGGGCAAUGAGUCGAGUGGCAACGGAGCGUGCAGGCUGUUGGCCGAGCACGUGCUGAAUAAGGCGAUGCUUGCCAACGAGCCCGUUUAUACCAUCCCGGAGCAGAUCAUGACUCGGCAUUUUGAAGAGCUGGUGGAGUUUGCCAGAGCACAGCCGUGUGAGCUGUGCCCCAGCGCCGAGCAGCUCAUUCAAGGAUACUACCUGUCCAGCCGGAGGCUGCGCGCCUCCUCCACGCAUGGCUCCAACUUCCCCUCCACCGCGCUCCGCACCCUCAUGUCGGUGGCGCGGGCGCACGCCAGGCUGAGUCUGCGGAGUGUGGCUUUGGAGGCGGACGCGGUGAUCGCCAUCGCGCUCUACGAAAUCUCCAUCACCUCGCGGCACGGGACUUCCGCCCUACAGAUAGUGCCUCCCACGGUGUUCCCUUCGGACCUUUCCUUGCACGCGGGCUACGAGCAGCGCGACAUACACCUCAGCAAUUGCCACCAGGACAUCCUGCACUUCUGCACUUCCUUCGUGCCGGAGAUGAUUUACAGGACAAUUGAGGAGUGAUCUCCUUUAACACUCCUCACUAUUCACUAUUCAAUUCGUAUCAUAUUCUCAAGCUCACGAGAAUCAUUGCGGUCGGUUUAAAACCGUUGUCAAUCCACCACUGGAAAAAGGCUCUCCCACCCACCCACCCCACAUGCCAUGUCAGUCAUGGCCAUUGUUCACCACGCUGGUCAGUGCAGCUGGGUAGAGUAGGAACCCAGGACUGGUACACGUUAGCGCACGAUGCUGACAUUAUCCAUGGCCGGGAGUGACACCCAGGUCGCUGAACUAAUGGAGAAGCGUGUGAAACGCGCCGCUCCACCUCAAAAUAAAACUUUUUUUUAUUUUACCAGGUGAGGCCCACUGAGGUAUAUAGUUCUUUUUAUGGAAGCGACCUGGCCACAAAUGAAAGCCCAAUGAAGUGGGAUAAUUAUAUGUAAAUGUAUCGUAGCCAAAUAUUCUAAAUAUAUGUUUUUAAAUGUGGAGGGGAAAAAACGCAGGACGUGGAGAAAAAUCCACACAACCACGGGGAGAGAGACACAAAAACUUCCAAUAUACAGCAGGCGUCAGGGUCGGAAUCAGAACUCAUGACCUCCUGCAUACCAGACAAGACAAGGUAGUUAACAUAUCAUCACCGCAGCGCCCCCAAACUCGCGACACCAUGCGCCAAAUCAGGCGCCUGUGUCGUGCUAUAUGUAAUGGCAUCACGUGACGCAUCCAGCCACUUGAUAGCGCGUUCGCCGCUUGUUGCAGAGGUUUGCAGUUCGAUUUCCAGGGCCGCCCUGGUUAAUACUGUAGGUGUAUUAACAUUCAAAUUGGCAAGCCAUCUUCUUCACGGUCGACUUUAAAUAUAUCCUGCAGAGUGUGUCGCCAGAGUAGGCUAUCGUAUGCGGGCAUCGUAGUUCAAAUAAAAAAAAUAUUCUAUUGCAUCGUACCCGGUUGGAAUGGUACGUAGCAACCAUCACAAUGAAAACUUGGCAGGACCCUGCUAAAAAAGUGUCGCGAGACUCGUUGAAUUUUAUUUCUGGGUAAAACAAGCGCAGUAGUAAUGAAGCACACUGUCGGUAAAUAUAAACGUAUCGGACCGUGCAACCCAAUGGGAAUAAAAUAAAAGAUUAAUGGCUCGUCACAACCAGACGAGUCACUCCAGUUGAGCAGUAUUAGAAUACCUGGCUGAGAGGAUCUCUUCCUUACUGCAUCGUAGAGCCGGGCCCCUCAUCCUCCACUCUGAUUCACUGGUCCCAGACUAAGGGCAGAGUGUAGGUUAUAAUGCGUUCUUCAGUGUACACUUCUACUCGUUGAACUCUUUGAGAUGUGGUCCAUCUGUUACGGUCGUCACAACUCAAUUGUUAUUUGGAGACUGCCAUCGGUUUUUUUAGACUUUAAAAAUUACAUAUUUAACGACAUGUUUGUUGUUGUCAUAAUGUUUAAGUGUUUAUUGUUGUACAUUUUAAUGUUUCAUACAUAAACACACAUUGGUAAUUAUCCGUCGUUGUUUAUUUGGGCGAGGGAGUCUCACUAGAUUCUGGAAUAUUUUCAGUUGCAUCACAGCUUGACUUAAACUAAACUAUUUUAAACUAUAAGCUAUUUUUUUUUCUAGAGUAAGGCCCCACUGAGCUACAUAGCUCUUUGUCAGAAGCGAUCUGACCACAAAUGAUAGCUCAACGAAGUGGGCAAUAUCACGUGGAAAUGUAUAGCAGCCAAAUACUCUAAACGCGUGUUUCUAAAUGUGGAUGGAAAAACCGAAGGAGCUGGAGAGAAAUCCACAAGAACACGGGGAGAGAGAGACACGCAAACUAGAAAUAUACGGCAUUUGGGAUUGAACCCACAACCUCCUGUAUACCAGGCGAGGUAGUUAACAUCUCGCCACCGUGGCGCAAACCAAUUGACUUACGAAACGAAUGCAGACUGGCAGCUCUGCUUUACUUAGUAUAGUCGAAUGGUGGGGUCGUCGCUAUGCAUGUCUGUAAUUAUGUUGGAGGCGAGGGUUGGUGGAUCACACGCAUGUAUUGGAUCUCCCUGCAAGGUGUCAUACCCUGGCUUAGAGAAAGUGGUAUAGCAACUGUGGACUCCACCUGUUCCAUCUGUAUGGGAUAAAGAUUUUUCCAGGUGCUCUGGUUUCUUCCCACAUGUAAAUAAUGAUAGGCCGAUAGCACCUUAAUGUGUAUUGGGGUGCCAUGGUGAGAUGUUAUCUACAGUGAGGGAAAAAAGUAUUUGAUCCCCUGCUGAUUUUGUACGUUUGCCCACUGACAAAGAAAUUAUCAGUUUAUAAUUUUAAUGGUAGGUAUAUUUGAACAGUGAGAGGC